UGUCUGCAGGGACGCAGCGUUGCCUUCAUCAGCCCGCGUUGAGCUUUGCGAUCCCUGAGCCGCGGCCUGGACGGCUCUGUUGGCUCUGUUGGCUCCUGCCGUGGAGGGCUUGAGUCAGUUGUGUGGAGGUGGCAGCGGCGCAGCUCCGGCUGGCACGCGGCUCUGCUGGCACACACCGGCCCCAGCCCUCGUCCGGCAGCGCACCGAGCCCCGGCACACAGGGUUCCACGGGACCACCAGAACCAGCUCAUCUCAAAGAGAGUCCGUGGGCUCCCCAACCCCACCCUGUCCUGGGAGCUGCCAAGCCCCCAGCAGCACCCACCGGCACCCAGGCUCCAUCCCAACACCCAGCACUGCGGGGCCUCGUGCCCCGGGCAUGACAAGCAGCUGCCCUGUGCACUGACAGAGAGGUUGUAGGGCCACCCGCUACCCCACAUGCCUCUGUCCCACGGAGCCGCCUGCCCCUCAUCGCGUCCGGCGGCCCCCCGUGCUGCAGCCACCAUGGGUGAAGCGCCUGAGCCGUCCUCGCAGGCAUCGCUGGCCGUCCUCUCCAAGGUGGAACUGAGGGUGAGCUGCAGGCACCUCCUGGACCGCGACACCCUCAACAAGUCGGAUCCCUGUGUCCUGCUGCUCAUGCAGUCCCAGGGCCAAUGGGUGGAGGUGGACCGCAGCGAGGUCAUCAAGAGCAACCUGAACCCCGUCUUCGCCAAGAUCUUCACGGUGGAUUACUACUUUGAGGAGGUGCAGAAGCUGCGCUUUGAGGUGUACGACAGCCACGGGCAGGCCGGCGUGGGCACACACGAUGAUGAUUUCCUGGGGGGCAUGGAGUGCACCGUGGGGCAGAUUGUGGCACAGAAACGGGUGACAAAGCCGCUGUUCCUCAAAUAUGGGAAGUUUGCGGGGAAAUCCACCAUCACGGUCAUCUCUGAGGAGAUCUCGGGGAACAACGGCUACGUGGAGCUGGCCUUUAGGGCCAAGAAGCUGGAUGACAAGGACCUUUUCAGCAAGUCUGACCCCUUCCUGGAGAUCUACCGCAUCGACGAUGACAGCAGUGAGCAGCUGGUGUACCGCACUGAGGUGGUGAAGAACAACCUGAGCCCCAUCUGGGAGCCCUUCAAGGUCUCUCUGAACUCCCUCUGCAGCUGUGAGGAGAAGAGGAAGCUGAGGUGCGUCGUGUGGGACUACGACUCACGGGGAAAGCACGACUUCAUUGGCGAGUUCUUCACCACCUUCGAGGAGAUGCAGAAGGCAAUGGGGGAGAACAAGGUGCAGUGGGAGUGCAUGAACCCCAAGUACAAAAUCAAGAAGCGCAACUACAAGAACUCGGGGGUCGUGGUGCUGCUGGACCUGAAGAUCCACAGGGUCUACUCCUUCCUGGACUACAUCAUGGGCGGCUGCCAGAUCCACUUCACGGUGGCCAUCGACUUCACGGCCUCCAACGGGGAUCCCCGCAACAGCUGCUCCCUGCACUACAUCAACCCCUACCAGCCCAACGAGUACCUCAAGGCGCUUGUGGCGGUGGGCGAGAUCUGCCAGGACUAUGACAGUGAUAAGAAGUUCUCCGCUCUGGGCUUUGGUGCGAGGAUCCCUCCCAAGUACGAGGUCUCCCAUGACUUCGCCAUCAACUUUAAUCCUGACAACGACGAGUGUGAGGGCAUUCAGGGUGUGGUGGAGUCCUACCAGAGCUGCCUGCCCAAAAUCCAGCUGUAUGGCCCCACCAACGUGGCCCCCAUCAUCACCAAGGUGGCCCGCGUGGCAGCUGACGAGGAGCGCACCAAGGAGGCAUCGCAAUACUUCAUCCUGCUGAUCCUGACGGAUGGCGUGGUGACGGACAUGGCGGACACGAGGGAGGCCAUCGUCCGCGCCUCCUACCUGCCCAUGUCCAUCAUCAUCGUGGGGGUGGGCAACGCCGACUUCACCGACAUGCAGAUCCUGGACGGUGAUGACGGCGUCCUGCGCUCCCCCCGGGGCGAACCCGUGCUGCGUGACAUCGUGCAGUUCGUCCCCUUCCGUGACUUCAAGAACGCGUCCCCGACGGCGCUGGCCAAGUGCGUGCUGGCUGAGGUGCCCAAACAGGUGGUGGAGUACUACAGCUACAAGGCCUUCCCCCCGCGCUGCCCCCAGCCCCACACCCCCGACUCCAGCCUGGGCUCGCCCCAGUGAGUGUGCCUGUAUGGGGAUGGGGACGGCCCCAGUGUUGCUGCGGGAUGCUGUGCCACGUUAUUUGGAGGUGGCUGAGUCCCCAACUCCCCGUGUCCCCACUCCAUCCCCUGCUGUCCCCGUGGUCCCUGUGCUCCGUGCUUGUCUGUCUCCUUGUUGUUUUGAGGCUGCAUGACAAACCCAUCCUUGGGCCAAUAAAGCAAGCUG